ACGAUCUUCUGUAUGUCAAAUUCCAAAUAGAAAAAAAGGCAAUAAUUUAACGAUCUUCGAAACAACUCUAAAAUUUAUGGCUUUUAAUUAAAAGAGAAAAGAUCUCCGCCGUCAGCGGUAACUGUGAAACAGAGGGGUUCCCGUACAGGUUUUGACGGUAGCAUCUAUAGCCUAUAAGUAAGAAGAAAGCUGUCUAAAGAGAAGAACUACGAAAAACAAAAAUUGUGGUUCCAACACCAGACAGUAACGAGUGGACAGUUAUGCUAACCAAUGGGAAGUCGACAGCACAUUCUUAAAAAACCACUCUGGUUUACCCCGAAUCCACCCACUUUCCCUAAAACCACUUUACUUUCAGGUUUUUUGUUUUUUUUUUUCCCGGAUUUCCAAUUGUGUAUAUGUGUGCAUGCUUUCUCAGACACACUUCACGAUUAGAAAACGAGAGGAAGAGAAAAUAGAAAAGAAAAAAGAAAUUCCUACUUGGGUGUUUACUUAAUCUUCCUUCUUCCUUUUUUAGUUUCAGAAUUUGGGUUUUGCUUAUUUUGGUGUUCUCUGGGGAUUUCCAUUUUUUGAAAGAAAGAAGAGAAAGGGAAGUAAAGAUAGAGAGAGAUGGGGAGAGGUAGGGUUCAGUUGAAGAGGAUAGAGAACAAGAUCAACAGGCAAGUUACUUUCUCCAAAAGGAGAGGUGGGUUGUUGAAGAAAGCUCAUGAGAUCUCUGUCUUGUGCGAUGCUGAGGUCGCUUUGAUUGUCUUCUCCCACAAAGGGAAGGUCUUUGAAUACUCCACUGAUUCCAGCAUGGACAAGAUACUUGAACGAUAUGAAAGGUAUUCUUAUGCUGAAACACGGCUUGUUGCAACUGAGUCUGAAUAUCAGGGAAACUGGUCCAUGGAGUAUAACAGACUUAAGGCUAAGGUUGAGCUCUUGCAGAAAAAUCAGAGGCACUACAUGGGAGAAGAUUUAGACUCAUUGAGUCUCAAGGAGCUGCAGAAUUUGGAGCAGCAGCUUGAUACUGCUCUUAAACACAUUAGGUCUAAAAAAAACCAGCUAAUGUACGAGUCAAUCUCUCAGCUUCAGAGAAAGGAGAGGGCAAUACAGGAGCAAAACACCAUGCUAGCAAAGCAGAUCAAGGAGAGGGAGAAGACAGUUGCGCAGCAGUCACAGUGGGCGCAGCAAAACCAUGGCCUCAACACAUCAUCCUUUCUGCUGCCAGAGCCUCAUCCCUGUCUGAAUAUUGGUUUACAUUGCAGUGGCACAUACCAGGAAGAAGCAACAGAAGUAAGGAGGAACGAGCUCGACCUUACCCUUGAACCUAUUUAUUCGUGCCAUCUCGGAUGCUUUGCUGCAUGAAAAUUGGAACAAAAAUAGCAAUGCUUGUAGCAGCUAAUUAAUUAUAAAGUUUUGGUCUGUGUAAAAAUAUGGACAUAGAUCGAUGCACUAUGGUGAAAUAGGCAUGAGAAGCAAGGAUAAAAUGUUUGAAAAUCAUGCUCUUAUAUCUGAUUAUUAUAUUUUGACUUAUUA